AAUACAGUGAAAGAGGAGUGGUAUGCCAAAAUCAACAAGCUGAGAAAGACGGUAGAUCAGCUCUUCUGUAAGAAGUUUGCUGAGGCCUUGGGGAGCACUGAGCCUAAAGCUGUUCCAUACCAGAAAUUUGAGGUCCAUUCUGCUGACCUGUACGUUGAAGGUCUGCCUGAGAACAUUCCUUUUAGGAGUCCAUCCUGGUAUGGGAUCCCUCGCCUCGAAAAAAUAAUUCAAGUGGGCAACAGAAUAAAAUUUGUAAUCAAAAGGCCAGAGCUGCUAACUCUCAGUUCACCUGAAGUUACUCAACCCGGGACAGACACACCAGGCAAGACAGCCAAAGAAGAUUGGAACAUCAGGAUCACAAAGCUAAGAAAGCAAGUAGAAGAGAUAUUUAAUAUGAAAUUUGCUUUAGCUCUGGGGCUUUCAGAGGCAGUGAAAGUUCCCUAUCCUGUAUUUGAAUCAAACCCUGAGUACUUGUAUGUGGAAGGCUUGCCAGAAGGAAUUCCCUUCCGGAGUCCCACGUGGUUUGGGAUUCCACGCCUGGAAAGAAUUGUCCGCGGGAGCAACAAAAUCAAAUUUGUUGUUAAGAAGCCUGAGCUUGUUGCCUCCUAUUUGCCAUCAAGGCUGGCUAGUCAAUUAAACACUAAAGCAGCAAAUCCAAAGAGUUCGAAAAGGUUACAAAGUCCUGCAAGCAAUUUACAGGUUCCAGAGAUAGAAGUUACUGUUGAAGAAGGUCCUAAUAAAGCACAAGCAGCAGAUGUUCAAACUAAUUCUCAAACCAAUGGGUCUGGUAUGAGUUUCAAGCCAAGAGGAAGAGAUUUUUCUUUUGAGGCAUGGAAUGCCAAAAUUACUGACCUAAAGCAGAAAGUUGAAAAUCUUUUUAAUGAAAAAUGUGGGGAAGCACUGGGGCUGAGUGAGCCAGUGAAGGUACCGUUUGCGUUGUUCGAAUCCUUCCCGGAGGUUUUCUAUGUGGAAGGCCUACCAGAUGGAGUGCCGUUCCGACGACCUUCUACUUUUGGAAUUCCGAGGCUAGAGAAGAUUCUGAGAAACAAAUCUAAGAUAAAAUUCAUUAUUAAAAAGCCUGAGAUGUUUGAGGCGGCGGUGAAGGAGAGUUCUGCUAGAAGUCCCCAGAGUGAGAAAAAUAAUCCAUCUAAUACAGCCAAUACAGCAAGCACUACAGCAAAUACAGCAGUGAGCACAGCAGCGGGAGUUGAAGAUCUUAACAUCAUUCAAGUAACUUUGCUAGAUGAUGAAAGUGAACGACUUUCAAAGGUAGAGAAGGCCAGACAACUGAGAGAGCAAGUGAAUGAUCUCUUCAGCAGGAAGUUUGGUGAAGCCAUCGGUAUGAAUUUUCCCGUGAAAGUCCCAUACAGAAAAAUCACAAUCAACCCUGGCUGCGUGGUGGUGGAUGGGAUGCCUCCUGGAGUGUCAUUUAAAGCUCCCAGUUAUCUGGAGAUCAGCUCCAUGAGGAAGAUUUUGGAAUCAUCAGAGUUCAUCAAAUUUACUGUCAUCCGACCAUUUCCAGGACUUGUGAUGAACAACCAGCUAAUGGAGAAAACUGAAGCAGAAGCACCACCAGCAGCACCAGCAGCAGCAGCACCCACACUACCAGAGCCAGCUGAACCAAGGCAAACAGAGCUAUCUUCAGGAGAUGUUACAGAAACAGAAGAAAGUUGUCAAAUAAAGCAAGAACCUGGCCCAACGUGGUAGAGCUCAUCCCUACUGCGCCAGAAGCACCCAGAGCUGAGAGGAGCUUGCCGGGACUGUGCUGAGCUGUGUAAUAUAACUGUAUAAGAGAAGUACCUUCUAUACAAACCCUUUUGUACUUUGAGAUAGAAAUGUCUACUUUUUCAGCAGUUCUGUGAAUUGACUUAAUGUGAAGAAUGACUGCAGAUUUGAAAUGGCUGGUUUUGCUCUGGAAUAUAUUAUAAGGACUAAAUUUGUUGCAGCAAUACUGGGGAGAUGAUAAGGAUUCAAAUGAACGGGGACUUAACGGAGGCCAUCUACAUUUCCCAGUAAAGCUGAAUUCCACUGUGCCUGAAUAUAUCUCAGCUUCUGUAAUGAAGAAACAGUGCAAGUAGUUCAGUUUGUUAGUUUUACUUUGGAGAAAACAGAUCACUGACUUUUUUUGUUCUUACUCCUUUCAUGGCUGAUUGGUCAAUAGUAUGUGUAUAUUUGCACUAAUUUUUCCUACAUCUGCCACAACUCUCAUGUUUUUUGUAGAAUCAUAGAAUCGUAGAAUCACAAGGUUGGAAACGACCUAUAAGAUCAUCUAGUCCAACCAUCUUCUCAUUACCACUGCUACCACAAGCUACUAAAGAAUAAAUAAAUAAAAGGUAAAUAAAUAAAAAAUAAAAGGUAAGCUGGUUCACUUGACUGUUAGUAUGCAUUGAUGAGAUGGACAGUAUAUCAGUUUGUGGACUUGUAGCCCAUUUAAAUUUAACCCUUUUAUAGUUUGCUCCAUUAAUUGAAAGUAAUAAGUGCAUGUUUUAUCAGAGUAUCACGUGGAAUUUGUAUGAUGGGUCUGCUCUGGCAGCCCUAAUUUAGACAAAACUCAAUGGACCUGAGUGAGUUUUUCUCCUGCAGGCUGUGGGUAAUGUCCUGCGUUCAUCCAGAACUACCUACAGAAUCCUGCACCACAAGCUGCUGUAAAAACUUAAGCUGUGUCAAAACUUAAAUCUCCCAUAGUCCUGUUUAUGCCCCACAUCAUGUGAGAGUCUCAUGUAUUCAUUUCUUGAAGUUUCACAACCCGUGAGAGUUGUAAAAUCCUGACAAUAAGAGGUUGGGAUGACUGCAUUAUCCACAAAUGCUCAACCUUAUUCCCUCAUUAAGAAAUAAAGAUAUUUCUGAUGGGUCUUUUUGUGACUGUCCAUGUAUGUUCAUAUAGCAGUAACUUUGUAGGCAGGUAGAAUAUCUACAGCAUGGAUACUACAGUGAAGAACUGAGUUCCUGUCACACCCUUUGGACAAGGAAAGCAGUGCUGAGUGGUGCAUCUUCAAGGACAACUUUGAAGAUUUGGUGCAGUUGGGUGUAGUGUCUGUCCUGAGGAACAUCAACAGGAGGAUCUCUGCAGACAGGUUCAGAGCAGCACAUGCUCUCAAUGUAAGGCAGGGAGAGGGCUGUAGCUCGUGUGCUGGCAUGAUUGCUCCAUAUAGGUCUAAGUGCUCCUGCUUUAUGAUGUUUGGAGGCACUGUAAGUAUCUGGUUGUCGUCGUGGUGGCAGUAGGGGCAGGGAUAGCUCUGUGCUGAACCGUUUUCAAAGUGCUGACAGCAGGUGAUGGAUGCAGUGCUGCCUUGUGUCAGCCCCACAUCAGUGAGCCCAAUGGAUUUUUUUACAUGGUGACACUCACUUAUGUGGGGACUCUCCCAGCUCACAGCCACUGACAUAUUUCACUUCAAUGGAUCUCUAUAAUUAAGUUGUUACAGAAUGACAGCCAGUUUCACAAUUGCUGCCAAAACUUUUUAGGGUGGGGAAAUGAGUUAACACAGCUUUUCAUGCUUCCCUUUUUGAGAAAGCAGAAGGGAAGGCCAUCCCUCCUUCACUGUCAUUGCCCUUAGGGCAGCACUCCUUGCACGUCAGUCCUGUAGGGCUCUGUUGCUCAUAUGGAGUUGGUGCUAACAUGAGUUGAGUGGGGCAUUAUAAUGAACUGUAAAAAUGGCAUGACAUGACUGCCUGGCGCGGAUGUCCUGUAAAUGUAUCACACUCGGGUGUAUGAGAGCUUGAAAAAAUGAAGUGAAAACUGAUGACAGUGGUUUUACUGGAAAUGCUGAAGGCUGGGAUUGGGUCCAUCCCUAUGGCAGAUCUCAUUAGUGUUGGGGUGCACAUCAGCAGUCGGCACUCAUGGCUCUUUUGAUGGUCUCGGGCAUUUUGAGUUAAAAGCAGUAGGGAUAAAUUAAACUGACAAAAUAAUUGCACUGAUUUUAUACCUUCCAAAUACCGAUUUUAUAUUGAAAAUGAUCUAUACAUAUAGUAGGCAGCAGACUUUUAAGGUGUUGACCAUGUAUGAAAAUCUGAUUCAUUUCUGAACUAGUAAUACAUAAGGUGUUCCACUCUUUGGGCACUGAGUGAUAGUGCCCUAAAAAGCCUUGGCUGUACGGAUAAAUGAGGAAAUAAAUACGAUUGUAACACCUUA